UUGCAAGCAGCGAACACAUGAGAUGCGCAGAACGUAGCUAGCUUCAGCGUGCGCAGCGGUUGGCCAGCCUGAGAAGGGGUAUUUGGCAGUUCAUCGAAGAUGGCGGACGCGAUUGGCACGCGAGGGGCGCUACCUAAAGAGCGGCGAGUACGUGAAAAACCGGUGAUUCUGUGUUAAGGCGAUACUGCCAGCGACGGACGUACACAGCGUAAAUAUCGCAAAACAGGAGAAGGUGGCCCACGAUCGAGCAGAGACAACGAGUUUGCCAGCAAAGGACGCGAUAUGAAUUCGAUGGACACUGAAUUUAAUCGCAAGCCGCUUGAAGAAUCACCGUACAACAUAUACAUAUUUAAAAAAGAGCUGUCGCGCCAUACGCAGGUGCUGUAUCCUUAUCUAUAAAGGCUAUCUCAUCAUCACGUCGUUUCUCACAAGAACUAAACAAAUUGAAAGCAAUCAUCAAAGCAAGAUCAGAAACGUGGAAGACAACGUUACUCUCACGGUAACAGAGAAGUGUAAAGUACUUUCUGUCUGAAAGUAAUUUAAAGAAAUUGAACGAAAUAAUUCAGGCCCGUGUUCGGCAAAUAGUGAUAUGGCCACGAUGGCUGGCAGUGAAUAUACAUCCGUAAAGGACUUUUACAGAGAUAGGUCGAUUUUCAUAACUGGAGCAACAGGUUUUAUGGGCAAGGUUCUUGUCGAGAAGCUACUGAGAUCCUGUCCGGAUAUCAAAAACAUCUAUCUUCUAAUGAGACCUAAAAAGGGCCAAAAUGUGCAAGAGAGGUUACAAGAACUUUUAAACGGACCGCUUUUUGAAAAAUUACGGCGGGAUUCUCCUGGCGAACUUUCCAAAAUCAUACCUGUAGCUGGCGAUAUUACGGAGCCAGAAUUGGGCAUUUCAGCAGAUGAUCAAAAUAUGUUAAUAAGAUCCGUGUCGAUCGUUUUUCAUUCAGCGGCUACCGUCAAAUUUGACGAGGCUUUGAAGCUCUCAGUUACCAUAAAUAUGUUGGGCACCAAAAGAUUGGUUCAAUUAUGCAACCGCAUGCAUAAUGUGGAGGCAUUCAUUCAUGUAUCAACGGCAUACUGCAAUUGUGAUCGGAACGAUGUUGCCGAAGAGAUUUAUCCGGUAGGACGGGAACCCGAUCAGGUGAUCGCUCUGACAGAGUGGAUGGAUGACAAAAUGUUUGAAGAAUUUACACCGAAUCUGAUCGCCAGCCGACCAAAUACGUACACAUUUACCAAAGCAUUGGCCGAGCGAAUGCUCCAGCGGGAAAAGGGUUCUUUACCGGUGGCGAUUGUCAGGCCAUCGAUCGUAUUGUCGUCGUAUAGAGAACCAGUUGCCGGUUGGGUGGACAAUUGUAACGGCCCCACAGGGAUUAUCGCCGCCGCUGGGAAAGGUUUCUUCAGAACUAUGCUGUGUCACGAGGAUAAGGUGGCGGAUCUGGUGCCCGUCGACAUUGUGAUCAACCUAAUGAUUUGCGCGGCAUGGAGGACCGCUACGCAGCGUACCGACACCAUUCCGAUUUAUAACUGUUGCACCGGUCAACAAAAUCCUAUAACCUGGAAGCAGUUCGUCGACUUGUCAUUCAAAUAUUGUCGGCUACACCCGGUGAACGAUGCGCUCUGGUAUCCGGACGGUCGAUGUCGCAGCUCCAUGAUAAUAAACAAAUUGUGCGUGAUAUUUCAGCAUACGCUACCUGCGUAUAUCUUAGAUAUCCUCGCUCGACUCAAGGGUUCGCGGCCUAUAAUGGUCCGCGUACAGACGAAACUUUCCAAAGCCGCCAAGUGUUUGGAGUACUUCAGUACGAAACAGUGGAAUUUUAGAGACGACAACGUACGACGACUGGGUGAACAACUCAGUCCGGAGGAUCGGGAAACAUUCAUGUUUGACGUCAGAGAAAUUUACUGGCCAUCGUACUUGGAGCAUUACAUUCUGGGUAUACGACAGUUUAUCUUAAAAGAGAGUCCAGACACACUGCCAGCUGCUCGUUCAUACAUCACAAAACUGUAUUGGCUUCACAAAGCCGUGCAAUUCGGGAUACUAGUAAUAAUGCUACGAGUCCUGUUGUUACGCAAGUCUGCAGCGCGAGGAGCCUUUUUUUCGCUGCUGUCCAUCGUACUUCGCAUGUGCCGCUUGAUUGUUUGACGGCUCAGAACGAGCCCGAUCGAUGAUCGCGAUCAGCGUAAAACAAAGCUGUUAACCAGCGGCCGUUAUUUAAAGGUGCGAUUUGUUCUUCAACCUCGUUGCUCAGCUUCCUCGACGAUAAAGCGCUACCUACACAUCCAUCGAUUGGCCUUUUCGAUGUUGAUAACCGUCGACAAGUAACAACGCCGGUUACAGAUACUUGAUUCUCGAAAGAGAUCGGUUAUGAUUCGAUUGGAAGUAUCCAAUUGAUGAAACUGUUUCUCCCACGAGUAUAUAAGUACGCUCCAAACACUUUGCAUAUAUUAUAAUAAUUAUUAUUACAUUACCGAUGUUAUUUCUUGUUGCCCCAAUGCGAACCGUCGCGACCGUCAUGAAAAUUGAUGGUUGUCGAGUUCCGUAUAGUGACGUAAUCGUCAUUGCGAGGUUCCAUUACACUAGAAUAAAAAUAAACGCGCAUCACCAUGAUUAUUUCGUUAGCGUCAUCGUACAUCAAUAUACUUUGCACAAUGUCAAUUUCUAAUAAAUGAAAGGAGCCAAGUUAUAUCGGCACACACACGCGCACACGCGCGCACGCGCACACACACACACACACACACACACACACACACACACACACACUCGAUCAUUGUUAACGCAAGCUCGUUUUUAGUCGAGCUGAUCGAUUUUUAGUAAAACGCUCGCGAGAAACCAUCAUUCUCAUAAUACGGCGCCAAAAAUCCGUCGUGUUUUUAUAUAGUCGGUAUUUGACAUUCUUUUUCCUUUUUACUCUGUGACAUAAGAUACCUAGAUAGAUAUUUUGCUACGACCGUACGAUGACUCGCGGUCACGCGUACAAAGACGAGAAAAUUGCUAUCGACUUCGAAGUAAACACAUGCAAGAUAUUUGAUUACGUAGAAACGACACCGUAUAAUAGAGAUGUUAGAACAAAUAUAAGUGCAUACCGUUGCGGCAACAAAUAUAUAGCUUUUUUUUUUAAACUGCCACUGAUAUGCGAAAUGCUUUUAACUAUUUUAAACAUAUCUUGACCAGAACAAUGAGAGAUCAACAUCAUUACGAAGACUUGUUUUAAAAAAAUCUGCGCUACAAUUACAGUCUAUUUUAAUGAAAUAUCUCUACGUAUCUUAUACAUAUUGUCACAGAAUCAACAUUUGACAAAUUUUGAAGGCAUUGGCAACUUAAUGAACUAUCUGAAGCUAUCAAUCUAAUAUACGAUACAAAAAUAUAACCAUUGAAAUGUAAAUUAGAGUCAUUGAAAAUUUAUGUAGAAAUAUACGUAUAAAAAUUCAGAGAUAAAUUGCCAAUUGAUGACGAUAAAACAUCAAUUUUAAGUUUCAUCCGAUAUAUAUUUACAAUACAUCUUGAAAAUAAUAUAUAAAAUAGUGAGCAAGAUAAUUAGCAGUAUGUCAAGUAUACACUUUGUCAAAUAUAUUCAAGCGGAACAUCACAGCAGAUUGACUGCAUUUGAAUCAGUUCACUUUCUGCUAACUUCGCUAUAAUCUUGAAAGCUGAUAAAUUGCAGAUGUAGACUACUUACAAGUAAUUUACCAGAUCAUCAAAAAUCGCGAAUGAAAUGGAAUACAUUAUUUGAUUGGUCAAGGAGUAAUAUAUUCUUUUUGGUUUCUGCCAUAUUGUCAAACGACAAAACUUAUAGCAGUAAUUUUGCAAAAUGCACUUUCGAUAAUUUCAUUGUCUGGAUAUUUGUGGAAGAUCGUUUCAUGUCUAAAAAUAUGAUUAAUUCUCUCGAUAGUUGUACUUUUGAACUGAUAAUUCAUCAUUGCCCAUGCCUUCGAGAUGACGGUGAUAUACUGUCUUGUUUUAUUUAGUCAAUCACCCCUUUAAACUAAUUUAUAAAAUCAGAGCGAGCUUCUCCCUUUCUGUUUUAAAAUCAAUGCUGUCGUGCUUCGAGAAUAAGAGAUAACU